AUGAGUGGUUACAGUGAGAGCGAGUUUCAGGUCAAGGCGAACACUAUUGGUACAUUUAACUGUUGGAAUUUGAGAGAGUGCUGGGCAAACGAAGAUGAAGCAUGGGCACGAAUGGUUGGCCGUGAUGAGAGUAAUGGGUAUCCUUUCCCAAUGCUACGACAGUCAAUAUAUUUGGAGGAUGAGACAAGAAAUUUGCAUAAGCCGAUAAUAUGUCAAGAUAUGUCCUGGUCCCACGACGGGACGUCGUUUGUCACAGUUCAUGAUGACUAUGGGAUUCGUCAGUAUCUGGUUCCUGAUACUGAAAUAGCGGAAGGCUCAGUGAAGGAACUAAUCCCUUUUACUAGAUCUUUCAAGAAUCAAUCUGUUGUCUCGAGUAGACUUCAUCCAGGCUACUCACUUUUCAAUGAAUCUGAUGCCUCGAACCUCAUACUACUUGCGAUGAGAGGGGUACCCUUGCAACUGUGUCCACUUCAAAUUGACAGUGGUGACCUCCAGGCAUCACGCAGCUUUGAUGUUUCCAACUUUACGAAUGGUACAUAUCACGUACCUCAUGCCAUCGACUUCCAUGGUAACAGCCAUUUCCUAGCCGGCUUUGAAAGGAACAGAAUCUGUCUAUACGAUAUCAAUAGAAGCUCUCCUCUUUGGGUUAGUCAGUCCACUAAAAAAGAAUGUGGGUUGUCAGUUCAUCGAGCAAUUGUAUCGUGUUUCGAUAAACAAGCGAACGCAUUUUUGCCUGAGCACUCGACAAGAGUUUGUGGAACCUAUAGAAACGAGCUACAUAUGAUUGAUAUUCGAACUUCGAAGAAUCAAUUUUUGCACAAAUUGAAAUCUGGAAGAGGUAUCAUUCAAAUACUAAAGAGCGAAAAUGGACAUUAUCUAUAUACCUUGAAACGCAACUCCAAUUUGAUCGACAUCCUGGAUAUGCGACAACCAUCUAAAAAGCUCAACACAUUGAAGCUUCCUUUUAACAUGGGAGCUCAAAAAUUCAAAGCCUCAUUGACUGCAGCUAACGGUUUGACAAUUGGGACGGACUACGGUUCUGUCAUAAACUGGCCCAGAGAUUUGGUGGAGUUUGGCGGCAAUGAUAGAACCUUCGUUGAAAAUUCUCUAACACAAAAAUUAGGAGCUGACACCUUCGGUUGGGAGUCUGAUCUUCCCUACGGCAACUCCAGAAUAAAUCUCAUUGAGGAGAGUCCGGUUGAACCUGGUCUCUUUCUCGUGUCGUAUUCUCCAGACAAAUUUGCUGAACCCUCAACAAGCAUUCAGUCCGGAUUGGGGCUUGUAUAUCAUCCUACAGCGUAA